AAUUUUCCUCACCCUCGCUAAAGCCCCCAAUCGAAACCCUCGUAGCCGCUGCCGGAGACCUCUCCUGCUUUCCUGCUUGUCCAGAGCUCACCAAGAAAUACUCGCCAAUCCGUAAACCUCAUCGGCGAGCUUGAUCAGUGGAUUUGAGAUUUCAGAAACAGUUCGUGUCUCCCGCUCUUUUUUUCGAGAUAUCUCACCUGAACGCUUCGACUUUGUUCACUACUAACUGGAGAAAUGUCCGCCAAGGUACGAAAAGCUGUUGGGCGAGAAGAAAUGGCGGCGAACUACGCCUUUAGUCCUCAAGACGAUGAUGCAAUAAUCAAACAUAGACUUCUCACACGCACUACAACCACGAGGGGCGAACCACCAUUGAAGAAGCUCAACAAGAAAUUCAUCACAUUCACGCUCGAAGUGGAGAAGGAUCUCGACAACUACAAUGAGUGCGAGAAGUUCCACAAGAACUUCUUACAGGAGCUGGCCACCUUUGAGAUGCCGCUCAUUAAAAGUAAGGCGGUGGUCGAUGCCAAUAUCCGAGAGAAGGAGAGCUUCAAUGAGCUUCAGGAGGAAAUCCAUGGCCAGAUUCUGCAAGCUCGGGCUGAUAUCGAAGAUCUGAAGAAGCAGCUCGAGGAGAGCAAGAUUGAGAGGCAGCACAAAGAGGAAUGCGAAGCGAUCAGGAAAUUGAUUGCACUGCAGCCGCCGAGGUCUGAAACCCAGCAGACCAUUUCAAAUCUCGAGAAAGAAAUUGCGGCGUUGGAGGCAGAGAAUGCGGCCGGUGUGAGAUUGCUUGAUCUCAGGAAAAAACAGUUCUCGCUUCUGCUACAUGUGGUUGAUGAACUGCAGAACACCGUUGAGGAGGAGCAGAAGAGUUUGAUGGAUGAGCUGAGGACUGUGGCGGAAGAGCAGAAGAGUAGCAUUGACGAGGCCGGUGCUCGUGGGUCUGAACCUAUGUCUGUGGAUUGAUGGCUGCCAGGUUUGUAGCCAGAUCCAGUUGGUGAAAACUUUUACAUGUAAACUCUGCAUUUUACAUCUCUAAACUCCUAAACUUUGCAUUUUUGCAUUUUUACCACCCAUAUCAUUCAUGCCACAUAAAAAAAUAUCACUGUUUUUAACUUCAAGAUUUUA